UGGUGCUGUGACUCCAGCGGUUGCAGGCAGGUACGGUCUGGCUACUUAACCGCGGGCGGCUGGAUUCAUUCCGCUCUGAAACUGGCUGCAGAACACAUGACAUCUCCAGUAAUGCGAAAGCAGCUUGUUAAACUCCAGAAGGGCGCUGUGUGAUCUUACGGACCCUCUUCAAACCACCGCCUCACCAUCACGACUUUUCACCUGAUGACAGUUUCUCUGGGGAUUGUGCCAGGUGUGUCUUUCCCUUUCUGCAUUUCACAUCGCUUGCACUGAAAGUUUGUAGUUGUUGUUUUUUUCAAAGUGGAGAUGAAUAACACCGGAUUCAACGAAACGCAGGGUGGACUGUUCAACAAGACUGAGUUUCUCUGCUCCAACUUAUCAUCCGUGGUGACUGAUAAUGGCUUUGUGGCCACAGUUCCCGAUGAGAGGAGCCUGUUUAUCAUGAGGGUGGUCCAGAUAGCCGUCAUGUGCGUUUUGUCCCUGACGGUGGUGUUUGGCAUAUUUUUCUUGGGUUGCAACCUUCUUAUAAAGUCAGAAGGAAUGAUCAACUUUUUGGUAACGGACAGGAGACCGUCAAAAGAAGCGGAGGCGGUUAUUAUCGGGGCGUACUGAUCGAUGAGGGCCUUUGCGUUAUGCUUACUCUAAUUUGAUGGAGACGGAAGAGAGACGGUGCACCAUGAACUGCGUAAACAAGCCCCUUUGGCAUUUAGAAAAAUCUCCAAGGAACUAUGUUGUAUGUGUUUUGCAUACAAUAUGCAAGAUAUUAAUCAUUUCUGUGGAUUUCUUGGAGGGCGGUGGAGGAAGCCCAGCAUGCCGUAUAUGUUAU